AUGUUGAGCGUCCACGUGGUGCUCGACUACAUUGACGUCCAGAAGCUCACCAUGCUGCCCAAAAAGACCACCAUCCUCACCACCUUAUUCCAAUCCAGUGGCGCCGCCGCCAACCAAGAAGGGUUCUUGAACGUUUCGCUCGUCGAUGAGGGUGAGAUCGCUUUUGGGUCCGCCGUGAAGGGUUCCAUUCUCGCCGCCAAGCUUGUUUCGUUGGUGGCGGCUCAGCCGUAUAACAUCUCCGUGCUUCAAAUUACAGCUCCUAUAGUGCCUCUUAGUAUCGAUCAAGCGGCGUCGCCGCCUAAGGCUGCUAAAUCGCCUGCCGCUGCGCCCAAGAAGUCGCCGGCAACGCCUCUGACUCAGGCGCCAUCAAGCACACCGGCUGUCGAAGCUCCUACGCCAUCUCAAGAAGUGGCCGCUAAUGCCCCUGUAGUUCAUUCAAGACAAGGGCUAUACAGGUGA